AUGAAGCGCGUCGCGUUCGUGCUCGUUGCCCUCCUGGCCCUCGUGGCCGGCGUGCUGAGCGCCGGGGAGUUCUCGCACCCUAGCGUCAUCGAGCUGAGCUCGAAGAACUUCGACGCCAGCGUCAGCGACGGCAACGUCUGGUUCAUCAAGUUCUACGCGCCGUGGUGCGGGCACUGCAAGCGUCUGGCGCCUACAUGGGGCGAGCUCGCGGACGCUACCAAGUCCAUUCCCGACGUCGGCUCGAAGAUCCGCGUCGCGCACCUCGACUGCACGAAGAACCGCGAGGUCUGCACGACGUACGAAAUCAGGGGCUACCCCACGCUCAAGGUCUUCCACGGCGGCGAGGGCCAGGAGGCGUACCGUCAGGCGCGCAGCUUCGAUGCCCUGAAGAAGUACAUCACCGGCAAGGCCAAGGACCUGCUCACGGAGACCACCGCGUGA